GAUCAAAGCUCGACACUGAGCUGUUAACAGGUUUUCUCCGCCGUUACUGGAAGAGAUUUUCUUUUCUUUCGUUCUUUACUACCACGCUCUUAUUUUCGUCAUGGGAUUCCUCCUGACCAAGAUGAUGACUGUUUUUGGGGACAAAGAGCACAAAGUCAUCAUUGUGGGUUUGGACAACGCUGGAAAGACGACCAUCCUCUACCAAUUUCUGACUAAAGAAGCCGUCCACACUUCGCCCACCAUUGGCAGCAACGUUGAGGAGAUCUGCGUACGGAACACCCACUUCCUGGUCUGGGACAUCGGAGGCCAGGAGAGUCUUCAUGCCAGCUGGUACUCCUACUACAACAACACCGAGAUCGUCAUUCUGGUCGUGGACAGCACUGACCGAGAACGUCUCACCGUGUCCAAAGGAGAACUACACCGAAUGCUCGCACAUGAGGACCUUCAGAACGCUUCAGUUCUGAUUUUAGCGAACAAACAAGAUGUGAGGGGUUCCAUGACCGUGGCAGAGAUCUCCAACUGUCUCACACUCGACUCCAUCUCCAAGCACUCCUGGCACGUGCAGGCCUGCUGCGCCCUGACGGGAGAGGGUCUUCCUGCCAGUCUGGAAUGGAUGAGGUCACGGGUUAUGGCAAACUAGUCCCGCCCUCUUUCAAUCUCUUAAAACUGAGCCGACCUCCGUGACCCUGUGGACGCUGCGCUGUCAGGACGUCAUCACCUGUGCGCGUCCAACCACACUGGGAGAGACUCUGCUGCGUGUCAGGUUCAGUCUCUAAAACUGGAAGAGCUUCACCAGGAUUGGAGGUUUACAACAGCCAAAUACGGGCAUAAGAAGACUUGUGACUUCUGUGUGAAAGGACGCAGUGGUCACACAAGUUAUUCGAACUGAGCAAUAACAAACCUUACUAUUUUGUUUUUUUCAUUAUCGUUCACUAUGUCUCUAAAUAACCCUUUUUAAAUUCAGAAAUUCACUAUUUACCAGUGAGAAAGGCUAUGUUCAUAUUGAUGUAUGAUGUUACCUUAAUCAGACUUUUUUAAUGAACAGGAGACAGAGCUACAGAGGCCUGGGGUGACAUUUAGGAAAAUAUAUUUAUUUGUGGUCACGUUUUAUUAAUUAAUAAUGUGUGGUUACAAAUACGUCCUUAUUGCUUGACUAUGAGUUACUAGUGCGUGGCCACUAGAUAUUCAUCCUCAGCUUCAUUAUUAUCCCAAAGGAAUUUUGUGUAGCCAUUAAUCCAUUACUUAUUGCAUGGCCACCAGUUAUUACUGCGUGGUCACCAAUUAUUGAGUGGCCACCGGUUAUUGAUUGCACACCAGUUAUUAUUGCAUGGCCACCAGUUAUUGAGUGGCCACCAAUUAUUACUGCAUGGCCACCAAUUAUUAUUGAGUGGCCACCAGUUAUUACUGCAUGGCCACCAAUUAUUAUUGAGUGGCCACCGGUUAUUGAUUGCACACCAGUUAUUACUGCAUGGCCACCAAUUAUUGAGUGGCCACCGGUUAUUGAUUGCACACCAGUUAUUGCAUGGCCACUAGUUAUUAUUGAAGGGCCACUACUUAGAGCAUCAGUGAGUGGCCACUAAUUAUUAGUAUAUGACUAUGAAUUAAUAUUUAUCUUGUACCUCUUCAUUUUUAACUCACUGGUGUGCUAUACUGUGACUGUACUACGUAUAAUUAAAUUUUUACUAAAUGGCACUUCCCAGGUUAAGUAUAGAGCUUUUUUCUGGGUAGUGUGUACAUGCCUUUUAUUUAUUUGUAUCUACUUAUCAGAUUUAACUUAUGGCAUAAAAGUAAAAUGUCCAGCUCCCCCCCCCCCCCCCCCCACACACACACAGUCAAAACAGGGUAAUUGUAUUAUAUAUACAUAGGUUACUAAUUUAUUUUGUUCAUAUUCUUGAAGCAUUUAUUUUUUUACUGAAAAUUUUCUGAACAGAAGAAGCUCGCUGCUACAGAUGAUCAGUCAGAUUUUAAAGGUGUACACUGUAUGAUGUGUAAAUAUAUGUACAAUAAAUAUUUAAAUAAAUGUUAGUCUUGAAAAA